AAAAACCACGGCCGCAUUGCCUUGGUCUUCACUAGUAAACGCCAUCCCUGGCGACGGGCUGAAGAGCAAAAUACUCGCUGACGGAAAAAGUUAUACAUGAAGAAGAAAUAAAUUAGGGCUAAGAAAGCUUUGAUUUUUAAAAAUGGAGUCGAUUCCUCGCAUCCUCUUAUGUCUUUUCGUAUUUCUUCUACUGAAAAAUUCAGAAUCAGCUUCGCCUCAAGCUUACAGAAGAGAUCCGGGUCAUCCCCAAUGGCACCACAGUGCUUUCCAAGACGUUAAAGAUAGUAUUCGAUCGGAUGUUCGCAGUAUGCUCCAUUCUCGCGCUGAGGUUCCCUUCCAAGUCCCACUUGAAGUAAAUGUCGUCCUGAUUGGUUUCAGUGGAGAUGGAGGUUACAGAUAUACAAUGGAUUCACAAAAACUUGAAGAGUUUCUACGAGUAGGCUUUCCUUCUCACAGGCCCUCAUGUCUAGAAACUGGAGAGCCUCUUGAUAUUGAACAUCACAUGGUGUUCAAUGCAUUUCCAGCUGCACAGCCAGAACUGAUAGCACUUGAAAAAGCUCUAAAAGCAGCCAUGGUUCCUUCUGGAACAGCCAGAGAGUCUGAUUUUGGAAGGGAAGUUCCAGCAUUUGAUGUAGAUGCAUCAGUUGUGGAGCCAGAAUUUCAGAAGCUUUACUCCUACUUGUUUGACUUUGACAAUAUGGGAUAUAAUGCUGAAGAGGCAGAUAGACCUAUGCCAACAGCAAUAUUUAUUGUGAAUUUUGAUAAAGUUAGAAUGGAUCCUAGGAAUCAUGAUAUUGAUUUUAAUAAUUUAAAACGUGAUUCAAAUCAGUUAACUGAAGAAGAAAUAAAGAAACAAGAAGGAGGCUACAUUUAUCGUUAUCAUUAUAAUGGAGGUGGAGCAUCUCAAGUAUGGCUUGGCUCUGGAAGGUUUGUUGUGAUUGACAUCUCAGCAGGCCCAUGUACAUAUGGAAAAAUCGAAACAGAAGAAGGAAGUGUUAGUUCGAAAACACUUCCACGUUUGCGAAAUACAAUGUUUCCUCAAUCCUCAGUUUCUGCUAAUCAUCAUUCCACUACACAUGACAACUUUAUUGGUCAACUUGCUGCUAUAAUUGGGAUCACAGUUCAACAUGUUAUUGCUCCAGAUGUCAGAUUUGAAACAGUAGAUCUUGCAACAAGGCUACUUGUCCCAAUAAUUGUCCUCCAAAAUCAUAACCGAUUUAACAUCAUGGAAAAAGGCAAGAACUACAGUAUAGAUAUGGAAGCCAUUAAAGCCGAGGUUAAAAAAAUGGUACACAAAGGGGAAGAAGUAGUGAUAAUUGGUGGCUCACAUUCUUUACAUGUUCAUGAAAAAUUAGCAAUUGCUGUUUCAAAAGCUAUGAGAGGCCAUUCAUUACAGGAAACUAAAAAAGAUGGACGUUUUCAUGUUCAUACAAAAACAUAUCUUGAUGGUGCUAUUCUUAAAGAGGAAAUGGAACGAUCUGCUGAUGUAUUAGCAUCUGGUUUACUUGAAGUCUCAGACCCUUCACUUUCUGAUAAAUUUUUCCUUCGUCAGCAUUGGAUGGAUGAGCCAGAUGGCGCGAGUGAUUCAAUUUUAAAACAUAAACCUAAUUGGUCUUAUAAUUUUAACUCUAAAUCUAAAAAAAAGAAAACCAAAAUAGUGCAAAAGAAACAAGGAGACAUUCAUCGUACUUAUGGAACAAGAGUUGUUCCUGUAUUUGUAUUAUCGUUAGCUGAUGUGGACCCACACCUUAUGAUGGAUGAUGAGAGCCUUUUGUGGACAAGUAACGAUGUUGUUAUUGUCCUUCAGCAUCAAAGUGAAAAGAUACCCUUAAGUUAUGUGUCGGAAACAGAAAGAAGGCAUGUUGUUCCAUUACAAGCACAACGUCAUAUAGUGGCUGGAUUAGCUUCUGUUGUGGGUGGAUUAAGUGCUCCAUAUGAAAAAGCUUCUCAUAUUCACGAAAGGCCAGUUGUCAAUUGGCUAUUGGCUGCUGGUUGUCAUCCAUUUGGACCUUUUUCUAAUGCUUCUAAAAUCAGUCAAUUGCUUCAAGAUGUUGCACUAAGAAAUACGAUAUAUGCACGUGUAGACUCUGCUCUUCAUAGGAUUCGAGAGACAUCAGAGUCUGUCCAAGCUUUUGCGGGGGAGUAUUUGAAAACUCCACUUGGUGAAGCAGUAAAGGGGAAGAAAAACAAGACAACAACCGAAUUAUGGCUUGAAAAAUUCUACAAAAAAGAAACAAAUUUGCCUGAGCCUUUUCCUCAUGAACUAGUCCAACGCCUCGAAAAAUAUUUGGAUGGACUUGAAGAACAGCUUGUGGAUUUAUCUUCUCUGCUAUAUGAUCAUCGAUUACAAGAUGCAAAUGUGAACAGCACCGAGAUUCUUCAAAGCUCCAUUUUCACACAGCAGUAUGUGGAUCAUGUUCUGGAGAAUGAAAGGGAAAAAAUGAAAUGUUGUGAGAUAAAGUACAAGUCACCCAAGCAGGAGACUUCACAAAGCUUGGUGUAUGCUGGGAUUCUCAUAGCAGGUCUUUUUGUUUAUUUUCUUGUUAUUUUCUUUUCAUCCCCUGUUACUGUUAGGUAAUUAGUUAGUUUAUGCCGGAACAAACCUUUUAUAAAUUUGUACAAGGCCCUAGAUAUAAUUAUAUAAACUUCAACUUUUCUUCCUUCAA